CGCCCAUACCCAAACGCCGAGUUUCUGUUCUUGACCUGCUGCCUUUGCCUGUCCCCUGCAGCGCUGGCAUCUGUUUGCUCUUUCCUGUGGCGUUUUAUGAUGUCAUCCAGGGACAUGUCAAUGUCCUCGGCUCCCGGCUGCGGCCCCGCCGCGGGGCUGGGGCCCGGCUGCGGCUCCGCCGCCUCCAUGGGCUCCGAGCGCGCAGUGCCGCCGCCCCGCGCCGCGCCGCACACUGCGCCUGCCCGGAAUCGGGCUCUGUGCGCCUGCGCAGUGGCGGCGCGGCGCCGGGGCGGCCCCGGCUGUUGUUAUUGUGGGGCUGGUCUGUGCCGCGCGAAGAUGGCGGCCGGGCAGGGGGGCGGCGGCGGUGGCAACGGCGGCGGGAACAACAACGGCAACGGAGCGGGCGGGCUGGCGAUCCCCGCUCACCUCACUCUCUCCUUCUCGGCCGGGCCGCACUGGGGCGCGGCGACUCUGCAGCAGCCGCACACGGUGCGCAGCCUGGACCGGGCCCUGGAGGAGGCGGGCAGCUCGGGCAUCCUUUGCCUCAGCGGGAGGAAGCUGCGCGACUUCCCCGGCAGCGGCUACGACCUCAGCGAUACCACGCAAGCAGAUCUUUCAAAGAACAGAUUUACUGAAAUUCCUCCUGAUGUCUGGCUGUUUGCACCACUGGAAACUUUAAAUUUGUACCACAACUGCAUCAAAUCCAUUCCAGAAUCUAUUAAAAACUUACAAAUGCUUACCUACCUUAACAUUAGUCGUAAUCUUUUAUCAACGUUGCCAAAAUACCUGUUUGAUCUUCCACUUAAAGUUCUGGUCGUCAGUAAUAAUAAGCUGGUCUCCAUUCCAGAAGAAAUUGGAAAAUUGAGAGAUCUAAUGGAGUUGGAUAUUAGCUGCAAUGAACUUCAAGUUCUUCCCCAGCAGAUAGGAAAAUUGCAGUCACUUAGAGAAUUAAACAUAAGAAGAAAUAAUCUCCAUAUGUUGCCAGAUGAAUUAGGAGACCUUCCCUUGGUAAAGCUGGAUUUUUCUUGUAAUAAAAUUACAGAAAUUCCAAUUUGUUACAGAAAGUUACGUCACUUACAAGUUAUAGUUUUGGAUAACAAUCCAAUGCAGAUACCACCAGCACAGAUAUGUUUAAAGGGUAAAGUACAUAUAUUUAAAUUCCUCAGCAUUCAGGCGUGCCUCAGAAUAGAUAAAAAACCAGAUUCUUUGGAUCUUCCAUCAUUAGGUAAACGAAUCCCUUCCCAGCCUCUCACAGACAGCAUGGAGGACUUUUAUCCCAAUAAAAAUCACGGACCAGACUCUGGCAUAGGAAGUGAUAAUGGAGAUAAAAGGUUGUCCACAACAGAACCAUCUGAUGAUGAUACAAUCAGCCUUCACUCCCAGGUAUCAGAGUCAACAAGGGAGCAGACAUUAAGGAAUGACAAUCAUGUAACGGGAAGUAAACUUGAUCCACAGAAAGACCAGGAGGUGUAUGAUUACAUUGAUCCAAACGCAGAAGAGGCAGCUGUUCCUGAACAAGGAGACAUACAGAUCGGACCGUUGCUGUCUUAUAUCAAGGAACGGGGAAAACAUCCUGAGAAAUCCCGGAAGAUAGAACAGAAUGAGGACUGGGGAGAUGAAAAAAGACUUCAGAAAGAGCAACUUCUGGCUGAAGAUGAUGAUGAACUCAAAGAAGUGACUGACUUGAGAAAAAUAGCAGCUCAGUUACUGCAACAAGAACAAAAACACAGGCUUCUUAAUCAUUCAGUUUCAGUAAGCACAAGGAGCAGGCCAAAGCAACCAAUGGAAUCUGAAAAAUGUGUCUCAACAGAUGAAGUGAAUUCGCCAGUGUCCCCAUAUAGUUGGCAGCCACUGGAAAACCAGAAGGAUUCAACAGACGAACAGCGUUGGCCAGAAACACAGCCAGUGAUUUGGCAGAAUGAGGAAAGAAGGAGAAGUAAACAAAUUAGAAAAGAGUAUUUAAAGUAUAAGUCUUCCAGGAAGAGUUCAAGUGGAAAUGAAAAUGAUGAGCAAGACAGUGAUAAUACUAAUGUGUCUCCACAGUCUCCUGUGUCGUCUGAGGAUUAUGAAAGGACAGAUAGUAACACUCAUGGUCCAUUUGGUCUCAAACCAAGGUCAGCUUUCAGCCGUGCAUCACGCCAGGACUAUGGUGCAGUGGAUCCUGGAUUUACAAUGAGGAGGAAAAUGGAGCAUUUAAGGGAAGAAAGGGAACAAAUAAGACAGCUUCGCAAUAAUCUUGAGUCAAGGUUAAAAGUAAUUUUGCCUGACGACAUUGGAGCAGCGUUGAUGGAUGGAGUAGUUCUUUGCCAUUUAGCCAAUCACAUAAGGCCACGUUCUGUUGCCAGCAUUCAUGUACCAUCGCCAGCAGUGCCUAAACUCAGUAUGGCAAAGUGCCGAAGAAACGUUGAAAACUUUCUUGAUGCUUGUAAAAAAUUGGGCGUCCCACAGGAGAGACUUUGCUUGCCUCAUCACAUUCUGGAAGAAAGGGGUCUGGUAAAGGUUGGCCUCACAGUUCAAGCUCUGCUUGAAUUGCCUACACUGAAAGUAUCUCAGCUUUCCUCCAUGUGACAUGACUUCUUGGAACUUAGACAACAUACCAUUUGAUCUGUUGAUUUGGAUUGCUCAAAGACAGUUCGACUUCCUACGUGGGAACACCCAAGCCAUCAAAAACUAUCUGCCCAGAUGCUGUAGAGAGCCUUACUUUGGAGUUAUAUGUGAAAACCUUGGAGUCAGCUGACAGUUAAGAGACCAUAAUUAUUCUUUCUUUUCUUUUGUAAUGGAUGCACAAAGAGAUUGCAGUAGCAUCAGGUUCUCUAUCCGGUUAAGUUAAAAGCUGCCAUUUAACAUCUCAGUGUUACAGUUAAAUGCUGGAUUUCUUUUCCUAUGUUGACAAUUUGGAAUCAUUUUCAAAGUGCAAAACAGACACCAACCCCUCCCUGUCCCCUCUUCCCGUGCCACUUGAAUCUUUCAAGUCAAUCAGUUGAUUUAAGGGUAAGACAAAAAACGUUGCAAUGGGAUGACGGCAAAAAUGUGAGCGGCUGAUCACUUGUAAUCCACUUUCACUCUCUCAGAAAGCUUAAUAUUUGCAUUCUUUAUCCUUUUGCACUCCUGAUUGUAACUUACACACUUCUAACAUUGCCAGUAUUGAGUCUGAGUGUACGGUGAUUACACCAAACAGUAUAAAAUGGGAAAAGAACACAUUUUAUUGAGUUUUUUCCAGUCUUCUAGGUUGGUGCCAAAUAUUUUAUUUCAGUUGUACUGUAGAUUGUUUACAUGUGAAGUGCCUGUGUAAUUGAUAACUCUUACUAGUCUUAAACAUUUUUGAAAUUUCUUUGUUUGAAAUAGAUGAAAUGGAAAUUUUUAAAUAUUUUAAUAGUUUUUUGUAAAAUCAGUAUGUGGAGAUUGAAGUAAAUACUUCACAUUUUUGAUGUUGAGUGUUUUCAGUUUGCACAAUUUACUUGGUUACUUUGUUGUCUGAUGAUUAGAAAAUACUGUAAAUACUUUUUAUUUAUGAUAUUUAAUUUGAUAAUACCUAAUCACUUUUUGUUUAAUGUAUUGUUGGACAAAAAAAACCCCCAGAAGUUGUCUACUCUUUCUUUGUUUGGGACAAAUAUCCCUGGUAAGACAUGAGGACUAAUGAUGCAUACAGAGUAAUUUAGGACAUUUUGAUAAGACUGCCAAAAAUCUCAGGUUUACGCUGUGACUUUCAGGAUUUUGUGUAAUACUGCUCCUUAUCUCACAUUACAUUUUUACAACAGAUAUAUCCAUAAUUUAGUUGGGAAAUAGCAGUGUUUAUCUUUUUAAUGUUUACGGGACUUAUUGUGUGACUUACACAAGCGUGGCAUAGCACAUGGAUCAGUUUGUACAAAUGUCACUGUGCUGAGACAUUGGACUUGUCUGGAUAAAUGUGAAAAAAGAAAACAACUCCACAGUGGUGAUUUUUUGAAACUUCUGAGUUUAAGUAUGUGUUUGCUGCUGCACAAAUUCUCAGUGUUUUGAGAACAUUCUGAAACCACACAGAGUUGAGUUCAUCUCCAAACAAGUUCCAAGUAAUUUCAUCAUGUUAGUAAUAAAUGUGUUUGCAUUAGUUUGUUCUUCAUGAAUAGGUAGCUAAAUUUAAAAACACCAACAGAUCUGACUGUCACAGAUCUUCUUUCAGGCCAAAUUAAUUUCAGUUGAGGGAUAUGUGUGCCAAGUGUGUGACAAGAUUUGAUUUUGUUCUUUCCAAUUGAUCGAGACCUCUUAUUCAUUAAAAAGAAAUGAGGGAAGGGUAUUGUUUACUCCUUCCUUCAUUUACUGUAGCCCUUAAAAUCAAGAGCUGAGAGGAAAAAUAGCCUUUUAAAAAAUCUUGUCAUCAGGAAAAGGUGUAUUUUAAAAUUCGUUGAUAAAAGCUGAAUCAUGUAAUAGUCAAAACCCACUAUUGUUUAUAUAUAACGCUUUCUUAAACUACAGCUCCUGGAGAGGCUGGUGUAAAACAGUGCAAAGUCCUCAGUAUAAAUCUUAGUUUACAUAAACACUUAUUUGAGGAAACUGUGUUGCUUUGACUGUUUGAAAUAUGGAAUUUCAAAUAUCUCUGUUUUUUAAAUCAUCCACGUAUUUUUAACAACUUCAGUCUCUGUUUUCUUAAUUAAAGGAAGUAUCUGAAAAGCCAUGCUAAGGCUAAAGUGAACAAAUAACGUAAUUCAUUAAGCAAAAUGCUUGUUGUCUGCAACAUUUGAAGAAGACAAGCAUUGAAAAAGAAUAGGUCAUUGUCUUUCUGUUCCUUGCUAUGGUAUUAACGUUACAAAGUUCUAUUUCAGUACGUUAGCUGUAGAAUCGCUGACUGGAAAUGAGCACUGUCAGUCAUCUGGCUUAAACUGAUCUACUCUACUAUUUCAUUGUCAUAUAUUUAAAUACAUUUUUUGAUCUUAAAAGUAACAUUUUUCCUAGUAGAACAAAAUUUUUAGUUAUAUCACAGUGUAAACAUUAAGAGCUCCCUUGAUGGAGCAUGCCAGAUGCUGGCCAGGUCUUUUAUUUUUUAAGCUUAGCUUAUUUUUUUAUAUUAAUGACUUAUUUUAUUAAGUACCUUGAAAACUGGAUAUGAAAUUAAUGUACUGAUUUUAAACUGUAUCUCUGAAGUUGAAAACUACUCAAAUACCAUUUCAAUUUUUUUUAGUGCUCUCGAGUUCUUCCCCACAAACUUGGUAGAAACAGACUUGCUUUGCCAUUCAGUGGAAGUUACUGUGACCUUCUCCACAUUUCUAGGGAAGGAGAAUCAUGAUUCUCCCAGGGCUUUUUAGCAUUGCAAAGAUUAAGCCCUUUGAAUACCCUUAGGAGCAGUCUGAGAAAAGGUCCACUGUGCCUGGAUUAAUCUUUUCUCGUCUUUCUUUAGCUGCUUUUACAAAUAAUAACAAUCUAAAGCCUUGCAGAAAUUGGUUGUUACCAUCAUUUUUUUUGAGCAACUGCAGAAAAGAUGCUAAAAAAGUUUUGAAUUUUAAGUUUUAACUUUAAAGCAGCCCAUGGAAAAUGUUGCUCUCUUCCCUGUACAAGAAUUUCCCUACUAUCCCCUUUCACCUUUUCUAUUUGUUUCCCAACAUGCUCUCCUUUGUUUGUUCAUAGAUACAGUGACUUCACACUGUUCAUUACUUCCUGCCACUAUCCCUCUUCUCUUUACUUUUAUUUCUUGAGGAAUUUCUCCAGUGGCAUUGGUGAUUCCAGAAUCCUUCCUCCCAACAUUUAGUAUGUUUGACAUACCCAGUUCCUGUUUUGUGUAGGAUGCAGUGUCAUGACUUGGUACGGCUGACAGGAUGGUUAAAAACAGAGGCCUGCCCAAUUCCUACUGCAGUUGCUCGGUUUUAGCUUUGGAUGUGAAGAAAAGUCAUGGAACUUGCAUUAAGUUUUCCUGAUAAAUGUUAGAGUUAACUAGGGUGCUUCUGUUGUGAAUUCUGUACAAAGUUACUGCAGUAAUGUGGUAUGAACUGUGUAAGUUGCAGAGCAACUCAACAUACAGGGCUUCUGGCCUGGUGUAUUUUUUGUUCUUUGUGUUAUUGGAUGAAGUAUGUCACCAAUGGAUAAUCUUUCACUUAAGCAAUAACAUCCCAGAUAUUGUGAGAUCUUAACACAGUAGCAUUUAAAGUAAUUGUUGCAGAGAGUGGUGACAUCCCACACAGCAUCUCAGAAAGGCUUUGCACCUGUUUCACAGUGCUGCUAAUCCAGUAUGCUAGCUGGGACACUACUGAGGAUGCAGAAAACCAUUUGUACCCGUGGAUCUGGAGGCCUUCCAAACUCAGCAAAAUUAUCAUAAAAUGGGGAGGAAUACAUUUGAAACAAUGAGAUACUGAGUCAUUAAGAUUUUACCCAGAAAUUCACUGAAGUCAAUGCAAAUUUUGCUCUUGUCUUCAGUAAAGGUUUCACCUUUUUGAUUUAUGAAACCCCUGAGCUGGAAGCAGUAGCAAACAUGGCUUACACUCCUUAGAUACUAGCAAAGCUUGAGUGUCAAAUUCCUGACUACAAAUAGUGAUCUUAGUAAAUCAAAGGAAACUGGAAAAUAUGACACUUGUUUCAUUUAUUUAAUGUGAAUUUCCUGAUGUGCCAUAUACAGUAUUGAAACAGUAGGAAAUGCUACUUUGAAGCACAGCUUUCAUCCUCUGGGAAGGUAUGUCACCUCAACAAAAUUGCAGGUGAGAACUACCAUCAGUUAUUUACUGCACUAAAAGCUGUAUUUCACAUCUCUUACUAUUUAGCAGCAGUCUUCUCAGAUUUUUGACAUAAAUCUGUAGCCAAAUUGAAACAAAAAAUGAAAUGGCAUCAGUUUUCACUGAAACCGAAUUUCCACUUGUCUUCUCAGUAUUGAAGAGAAGGACAAACAUCUGGCACUUCUUCCUUCUGAGGAUUUCUUAAAUGUUUGUAUGAAAGGUGGCUGUUUAACAUAUUGCAGCUGCAGUCUGCUGUUUUGUCUCUGAACUGGUCUGUACACCAGUGCAGAGAUACAACACGAUAAUAAUUCACCUGACUUCAGAGGGAGUUUUUAGCACUCUUUGCAGAUAGGAGACAGUUUUGUAAUAGUUCAAAUUUCUCUUCUUCCUCGCUAAGUCAGGCUAAUGUAUCUGUUUCCCUCAAGAGGUGCAUCAUAUUACAGUGACCUCUACUGGAAAAACAAAAGCAAGUAAGCAAAAGCCCACCCCAGUACACAUAAAACUGGUGAAAUCUCUCCUGUUUGCAGGUGACUCUGGAGCUUUCUGUAGAGGUUUCGGUAUUGAGAAAUUUGUUAUCUUGGUUUUCCCAAAGCUCCUGUGUUUUGAAUAGCUCUGUUCUAGUGCUGCAGAAGGCAUUGUUGAAUGUGUAGAGCAUUUGGCCUGUUCCAAGCCCUUCUGCCAUUUGCUCUACCCUUAACUUUGUGAGACUGUGUGAUGCAGCUGCUGAAGGACAUGUGCUGCUGCUGCCUCCUGCACAGGCUGCAGAAUUCUUUUAUUUAAAUGAUUGCAAUCAGAAUAAAAACACUAAGAAAAGAUGUCACUUUAUUUGAGAGUAAUAGAUAAGUAGCUGUUUACCAGUAUUUAAGUUCUAUUGGUGAAGCAUGAUGUAGUAAGAUGUGAAGCUUGGAAUAGGAACUGCAGAACUUCACUGACAGAAAAUUGCUGUUCUUGUUCCACAUGCACCCACAUCACUGUGGGAUAGAAGUGAUUCCUUUACAAAUGGAAGGAAAGGUGAACUGUAUUUUUUAAUCAGAAACUAUGGCACAGAUCUCUUACCAAAAAGAAAUAGGAAGGUAAAAAAUGAUUCUCUUCUUGUGAAGAGAGCUUCUGCUUAUCUUGACUGUUAAACCAGAGAACAUGUUUAAUUAACUGAGUUUUAGUUGAAACUUGCCCGUACACAGGAACAGUUCUGGCUCUCAUGUUUGUUGCAUGAUAAAGUGCUUUAUUUAUCUUCAUUUUGCAGAGUACAAUUCUGACAGCAUGUAAUCUUACAUAUGUGGUUAUAUUCAGUAUUUGUUUCCUCCUUGGUUUUGACCUUUGUCUCUCACUUUUUUUUAACAUAGAGGCAAAGGGAAGUAAAAUGACUUUAGGCUACAUGAUUAAUUUCUGUGGAAGGAAUACAAGUUGUUAUAACAAUUACAUCAUCAUUUUUAGUUCCAAGGUUUUUAUGGCCAACUACAUUUUUCAAAGAAGAGCUUUUAUUGUGUUUUUUUUCCAUACCUAUUUUAGGAUCUUGAUCUUAAAACAAACAAAGCCAAAAAGUCUUGCCAACGCUCCUUUAGUAUCUUAACAAAUGCUGAGGAGAAGCUCAAACUGACAUCAAAAUUAAUUGUUUUUGGAAACAUUUUAGGAGUAUUAGCUUUUAUGGUUGAACUUGAUGAUCUUAAGGGUCAUUUCCAUCCUAAAUGACUUAAAUGGAAACAGAAUUUCCCUCAAUAGUUUUCUAACUUGGGCUACAGCAUGAAAUCAGUCACUUCAAAUGAAUUCUUGGGUACUAAUGAGAACUUCGUCACUUCUUUCAAAGUUGUGUGAAAUACAGCAAACAUGACUUCUUUUCUUUUUUUCACAGUAGUUUUAUGAAGGCAAAAUGUGAAAUGGAGAAUAUUUGGUAAUAAUCACAAGGGUAUGUUUUUCUUCUUCUGUUUCAUUUUUAGAUCUGAGCGACCCAAUGAAAUCUUUCCAGAUUUGCUCUGUUUGGUUAGGAUUUGUUGAUGCCAUUCAUGGCAUGAGAACUCCCACUGCUUGGUAUUAAUAAAUGCAUUUUGGAGCAUGUGCAAGGUUGUGCUCUUCACAUGCCAAUGUUGAUAUGGUUGUGUUUGUAUUAAGCAUUGAUGCAGCUGUUCCUGUCUGUUGCACCUGCAGAUAACGCAAGGCUCUGCUUCCCACGAGGGGCAUCGCAGGCACUGCAGAAGGGUCAUUUGAUGGGUUACGUUGGGAAUAAUGUGAAUACUUUUUGACUCUUAGGUAAUGUGUAGGAUGAGGAAAAUGUGGUUGGUUUACAAUUAUCACUCAGUUGGUAUUCAGUUAUUUGAUUUUGUAACUCGUGGUUAUGAAACUCGGACAACGCAACGUCACCAGACGAUCGAGAUGUAAAUGUGUUGCGGGACGUGACCGAAGUAGUUCUGAGGCACAGUUGGAGAGUGAUCAUUUAAAAAUAGAAGCUUAAAUCGUGUAAAUACUUGCAGCAUCUUUGCUAGUGCGUUUUAAAUUCAUUCUGCGUUUCAUGUUCUUGUGAAGUGCAUCUUUCACACUUCUGAAGAUUGUCUCCAUAUGUAUCAAGUCUCUUUUUUCAGGCCUUCCAUUCUUGCUGGAGCUUCCAACGUCUGUGUUUCUUUUGAAAAUGUUCCUACUGUUAUUUUCUAUGUAAAUAGAUGGUUUUUGUAUUAAAUUUGCAUGGAUAAAACCUACAUUUCCAAAACCAGUGUACAUACUCUGUGGAUAAAAUACAAACUGUUUCUUAACUUU